AUGGAGACACUAGAGGAAGCUGAACUCUGUUUUCCACAGCUCCUCAACUCCUCCUGUAAGAAGCUCACGCGUCCUCGCCCUGAGGCUCUGACCAUUUACAUCCUUAUGUCCUGCGUCUCUCUGCUCACAGUGCUUCUCAACCUGCUGGUCAUCGUCUCCAUCUCCCACUUCAGACAACUACACACUCCCACCAACCUCCUCCUUCUCUCUCUGGCUGUGUCUGAUUUCCUUGUGGGUCUCAUUGUGAUGCCGUUUCAGAUCCUCUUAACAGAGCCCUGCUGGUUUCUAGGUGACCUGAUGUGCACUGUGUUUGUUUUUGUAUUGUACAUUACUGUUGGGGCUUCCAUAGCAAACAUGGUUCUGAUAUCAGUGGAUCGUUAUGUGGCCAUCUGUGACCCUCUGCGUUACUCCACCAAAGUCACUCAGAUGAAAGUUAAGUUGUGCAUCCUCCUGUCGUGGGUAGUGUCUGUUUUUUAUGCCUUCAUGAUGUUAUACGAUAACCUUAAAGAUCCAGGCAGGUUUAACUCCUGUUAUGGUGAAUGUUUGAUUAAUGUAAAUGGAGCUGUUGACCUGGUUUUAUGGUUUCUGAUACCCAUCUCAGCCAUCAUCAUCCUGUAUGUGAGGGUGUUUGUGGUGGCUGUGUCUCAGGCUCGUUCCAUGCGUUCCCACAUUGCAGCUAUUAAACUGCAGCGUUCAAUGACUGUGACUGUUCAGAGGUCAGAGCUGAAAGCAGCCAGGACCCUGGGUGUGGUUGUUGCUGUGUUCCUCAUGUGUUACUGUCCAUAUUAUGGCAUCUCUUUCUCUGGACCUGCCAUCAAAAUGAGCUCAUCAACUAACCUUUUAUUUUUUUUUCUGAUAUACUUUAACUCUGGUCUGAACCCAGUGAUUUAUGCCUUUUUCUACCCCUGGUUCAGAAAAUGUGUGAAACUCAUUGCUACGCUUCAUAUACUGCAGCCUCAGUCCCGUCUGACCAAUGUCAUGUAAACCUGACACCCAAUACCCCUGUACUAAUGGGCCUCCAGUUACAGUCAUUUUUGUCUUUCUGUUUCUGUUGAAGUGUUCUUAUCAUCAUGUGUGAUGAUGUGAGGUAAGAAAACAUGUUUUAAUUCUCAGUUGACCAUCGAGAGCCAACUAUUUUUUUUUUUUGUCAGAA